CGGCUCCCACCGGAAUACCCCCCCGGGAGGGAUGCAGCGCUCAGAAGGCAGCCCUGCACGCCGCUGCCCUCUGGACCAAAGCACUUGGUAUUCUAACGCACAACCUUAUCAGAUGCGCAAGCUUCUCGGCGUGUGCUUUGUGCCCUUUUUCCCCCGUGGCUCGGGCUUGGAGAGAAGAUUCAGCUCCUGAUCUGAUCCUUGUCGAGUCAACGCGUCUGUUGAGCGCGACCGGAGGAAGAUGCAGCGGGGGAGUGCGGGAUCAGCGCUGCUCCCUGAAAGCAGCAUAUUAAUAACACUGAUGCAUGGCCAAUUAGCAGAAGGAGCCAGGUCCAGCCCUCGUGUCUGCGUGCUAGUGAUUUAUCGACAGUAAUUACCGGGCCACUUAAUGCCUAGUUUGGAUGGGAAUUAAUUCGAGGCCGGAUAAAUAAUGCAUUCGGGUUUAUUUAGCCCCAUGUGAAGCGUCACCCCUGAGCCAGAGCUGGGAGUGAAGUGGCGCUGGAGCGGAGAGCGGCGGGCGCGGCGAUGCGCGGGGCGGCGGCCGGGGCCGGGCGCUGAGGCUGCCGGCAGCGGCGCGCCCAGCCGGGAGCAUGCUGAGCCCCAAGAUCAGGCAGGCCAGGAGAGCCCGCUCAAAGAGUUUGGUGAUGGGUGAACAGAUUGGGCCUCCUUCCAGACCUUCUUCUCCAAACCCUCAAGAACGUGUGCUGAAGUGUGGCUGGCUGAAGAAACAAAGGAGCAUUAUGAAGAACUGGCAGCAGCGGUGGUUUGUGCUGCGUGGGGACCAGCUCUUCUAUUAUAAGGAUGAAGAGGAAACUAAACCUCAGGGUUUGAUACUACUGCAAGGUAAUCAGGUGAACGAGCUGCCACCUAAUCCUGAUGAACCAGGGAAACAUCUCUUUGAAAUUGCCCCAGGUGGUGCAGGGGACCGGGAAAAGAUGCCUGUCAAUCAUGAGACUUUCCUGCUUAUGGCUAAUUCCCAGAAUGAAAUGGAAGAUUGGGUGAAAGCCAUCCGACGGGUUAUAUGGGCUCCAUUUGGUGGAGGUAUUGCAAAUAGCUCACAUGCACAUAAAUUAAAACAUUUGCCUCAAGGGAUCUUUGGACAGCGAUUGGAGGACACUGUACAGUAUGAGAGGAAGUAUGGCCAGCGUUUGGCCCCACUGUUGGUGGAACAGUGUGUGGAUUUUAUUCGGGAGCGAGGUCUUACAGAGGAGGGGCUCUUUCGGAUGCCUGGCCAAGCCAACCUUGUCAAAGAUCUGCAGGAUUCUUUUGACUGUGGAGAGAAGCCCCUUUUUGACAGCAACACAGAUGUUCACACUGUGGCGUCCCUCCUGAAGCUUUACCUUCGAGAGCUGCCAGAGCCUGUCAUCCCCUUUGCCAAAUAUGAAGACUUUCUUUCUUGCGGACAGCUACUCUCAAAAGAUGAGGGAGAGGGUACCCAGGAACUGGUUAAACAGGUGAAGAAUUUGCCCCAAGCCAACUACAACCUCCUCAAAUACAUAUGCAAGUUCCUUGAUGAAGUUCAGGCUCACUCCAGCGUUAACAAGAUGAGUGUCCAGAACCUGGCUACAGUGUUUGGACCAAAUAUAUUACGGCCCAAAAUGGAAGAUCCAGUGACCAUGAUGGAAGGCACCUCACUAGUUCAGCACCUGAUGACAGUGCUGAUAAGUGAACAGGGCCGAAUUUUUGCUGUUCCCCAGGCAGAUGUGCCAGGGAGCCAGCUGGAAAUCAGACCUGUUCGUCAGCGCAGUACCGUGGAGUGGAUCUCUGAGGAGGACGGGGAGGACAGCAGGUCAGAGAACAGCAUUCCCAGCCCCGCUGAUUUGCCUUCGAGCAAUGCUGUGGCACUAGAGGCCACUCCUGGACCUGCAGUGAAAAACACGCCUUCAGAGCACAGUGGCAAAUUGCCACAGCCUGCCACUAGCCCCAGUAAAAAAGUGCAGACGCUGCCUCCGUGGAAAUACUCCUUCCGCCAGCAGGGAGCACGGUCUGUGAGUCCAAAGCUGGGCAGCUCAUCCUUAGAUAUCCCCAACCUCUCCUCCAGUGGGAACUGGCUGAUGAAUGGACUGUACUCCCUCCGAGGCCAUCGCCGGACAGCCUCUGGGGAGCGAGUGAAAGACUCGUGUUCUUCCCAGAGACUCUCUACCUAUGACAACGUCCCUUCGUCCAGCCUCUCCCUCAGCACACACAGUAUGGCCAGCACCACAUGGUCUACAUCAUCGUGUGAAAUCUCCGUGAUGGACUCGGUCAGCAGCUGCCCAGCCUGCCGGGCCAGUGACUCUUCUGCUUUAAGCUCUCUCAAAACCGAGUGGGUAACUCAGGGCUCGCUGUCUCAGAGUGAGGUCAAGACUGCAGAUCUGGAGAACAGCAUCGACAGGUUUGACGCAUGCAGCAGCAGCAGCAGCGAACAGAGCAACCCGGCUGCAGCUUCCAGAGACUCUCUGAAAUGCUCUAAGGCCUUACAGAGCUUGGUGGUGGAGCUAAAGACAGAACUGAGCAAACAGAGGACUGAGUAUGAGACUAGUAUCAAAAGAAUUGAAGAAACAAGUGCAGACCUGAGGAAACAAGUGGUUAGAUUAGAAGAAGAACUGGACCAAGAACGAAAGAAAUACACGAUGCUGGAGAUAAAGCUGAGGAAUUCCGAACGUGCUCGUGAAGAUGCUGAGAAGAGGAAUCACCUCCUGCAGAAGGAAAUGGAAGAGUUUUUUUCAACAUUAGGAUGUUUAACUGUUGGGAGCCGAAAUGCUAAAGUCCCCAAGUAGGACAAGCUGAUGUACAGCAUAGAAAAUUAUAUUUCUGGCAAAACCAGUGAAAAUGCACGUUUUGUUCUGGUAUACUCAUGUAUCAUGAGUAAUUCUACACUGAUUGUGCUCUUGGUGACACUUGCUCUCUUGUCUUUACAUGUGCUGUAGUAUUUGGGCCAGCUGGGAAAGACUGCGAAGCAUAAUGCUUGAAAGUUUAGAUGUCUGAUUGCCAAGAGAGUGGGCACCCUUUUUAUCCAUAAAUUAAAAGGUACUAUUCUCCAUAGCUGUACUGCUGCCAUCUUCGGACUGACUGCACCAUCCUUUUGCUGGCUCAAGGACAGUGGAAAGUCCUGCAAGGUGGGUGGGAUGGCCAGAACGGAUGGACGGGCUGAGCCUGGAGCUGGGGACCUCCUACAACUUGCACUUGGGAAGAUGGCGGCAGCCCCAGUGUGUCACCACAUUCCAUGUGGUUUAGCAUAUGGAUUUAAUGAGGUGUUUUUUCUCCCCACUCUCUACAUAAAAUUUGUUCGAAUUUCUUAUUCCUUAAAGUGGCGUUAUUUUAUGAAGAUAAUGUGAAAACAAGGUCUACAAAUGAGCUGAAGACACCACAAUCUUGACAAGUCACUAAAAUUGUCCUUUACCCACUGAAUAGUUCCAGUGUUUCACAAAAAUGCAACUUGUUAAAACUGUAUGUGAAUAAUAAUCAGAUUGGACACACAAAUUCCGUGGAACUUUAAAUAUGCACAUUUUGCCGUAGGUACCUGGGUUUGCUGAGCCAAAAAAAGAGCAGAAUUAGCUGCAAGAAAAAAAAAUCUCGUGAGUUGAUAUGUACUGAUCAGACAUCAAGGUAGGAGAAGAAAGAUUCUUAUCAUCAAAACACAUCCAAUGGCUGAGGGUUUUUUUAUCUAUAAAACUUUAAUAGCAAAACCUAUGGUAAGAGAAACUAGUGCAA